CGGAAUGCUCGCUUAUGAGGCCGCUUGUGCCAAUGGAGCACCAGGAGUUGAGACGAAACUUACGAAGCUUGCUGGGAUGAAAGCGAUAAGAAGCGACAAUGAUCAUAGAGAGAUGGAACGAGGACAGACCGAGCAGAGGAAGGAGAAGAAGAAGGCAAAUUACGGCAAAAUUGUUGAUGACACAGACACCAUCUGGUGUGGAGGAGAUGUGUCAGUUGGUCCGAGAACGGUGCUGCUCGUUAUCUAAGCUCGCUCCCGAGAGGAAGAGCUCGAGUGCCGGCAGCACCGCUUCCUUCUUGACCGCUCAUGCAUCACCGGGCGGCGCAAAAGGGGAGAUCACGAGCCAUCAGCGAGACUGCUACUGGACAAUUCCGUGCUCAGCUUUUGUUGCACUGGUCGGUUGCUAUGUGUCAACAUGUGGCACGCAGCGAGUAUCAACGGACGACCACGGGCAACGGGUCACGCGUCGGGCUUUGACCAGCCAGGCCUUAUCCGAAUCCGUAUCGAAAUGCCGAAGAUGGGAGGGCAUUCACGAGCAGGGCUUUGGGCCACCUGCUGGCGCUGUGCGGCGUUGCAUAGAGCUUUGUCACGAGACUGAAGGAGCUUGACGCUGCACAAAUACACCAAGAUCUGGAGAUUCGGAGUCCUUUGUAUUCGUACGACCAAGAUCCAGGAUGACAAAGGUGCGGCGUGCGGGCUGGGAAUGCUCGUCGCCAAUUGGCCUUCCGUCCGUGCUGACCGGGGUAGCUCCAGCCUUCCCAGUACCCUGUUAGCCUCUCUCUCUCUCUCUUAUCGUAGCUCGUCCCCUCGUCGUCCCUC